AACGCGCCAAGCCAAUAUUGUGACCUAAACUGCAUUCUUACCCAAUAAAGUCCCAAUGACGCGACUCGCUCCCUCAUUUCGUCGCUCGUAGGAGUCGCAAAUUGAGGCGAGGACGACGGGAUGGAUCUUCACAACCGGCCCAAACACCGACAUGUUGGAAAAGGGGGGGUCGACUAUUGGAGGCGGAUGGAUACAAAUAAUGAUAUCUCGAUACCAAGGAACGUUCAACAUUGACUUGGCACUCGUGAGCACUUUUUUUGGACGUGAUCGUGUAUGCCCAGCAGAUGGGCUCGGAGAGGGGCUGGGCUGAUGACAGCAACCUCCACACCUGACCGCCUCCAUCACAUCCGAGCACGGUGGCGCUCCUCGGGCAGCACGGCGCCGCUCUCGCCCGGGUACUGGCUUCGCACUCGUGAACGCGGAGCUUCUGUUUUUUUUUACAAUUGUUAAGAGCUAUUUGUUUACUGGAAGGGAUAUAGAAUAACAACGGGAGGAUCGAUGCCGCUUCGCCGCCACUCAAGCACCAAAAAUGGACCGCAUCCUACCGCUGAUUGUUGUCUUUCAGCCACGACGACCAACCUUCUUCUUCUUCUUCUUCAAAUGACACCCUCACCCGGCCAAAAGUGAGCAGCAAACAGAUGGUCCUACAAACAUCCAGCAGACUGAGUGUGCCAAAGUGACGUCUGAAUAACACAAUCACAUAUACAAACACACACAUACACACACACAUACAUACAUACACACACGCAAGCCAUGGCUCUGGAGAAUUCUGUCCUCCCUCCUCGCCCGGACUCCCUCUCGCUUCCUGUGGAGGACAAACCAGAAGGGCAGGACCCGGCAGUCGAAGCCCCUCCCGUUGCCGGGGUCUUCAACCUGUCUGAGGAGCUGGGUCAUGUGGUCACCACUGAUGCACCACCAUCUCCUCCCGCGUCGACUAAGGUCAACAGGUCGUUCCAAUCCAAGAUGGCCGAGCGGGAGGCCAAAGCCAAUCAGACCAGGAAGAAAGCCCAGGGGGCGGAGAAGGAAAGGGGGCGAUUCGGGUGGGCUCGCGCCCGUCGCAAGAGGCAGCGCUACGUGGAGAAGAAUGGCCGCUGCAACGUGCAGCACGGCAACAUGCGAGAGACGUACCGCUACCUGACCGACAUCUUCACCACGCUGGUGGACCUCAACUGGCGCUGUUCGCUCUUCGUGUUCGUCAUGGCCUACGCCGUCACGUGGCUCUUCUUCGGCGCCAUCUGGUACCUGAUAGCAUACUGCAGGGGUGACCUGGACCACCUGGAGGACGAGACGUGGACGCCGUGCGUCAACAACGUCAACGGUUUCAUCUCUGCGUUCCUCUUCUCCAUCGAGACGGAGACCACCAUCGGCUACGGCCACCGUGUCAUCACUGACCAGUGUCCCGUGGGCACCAUGCUGCUGCUGCUGCAGGCCAUACUGGGCUCCAUGGUCAACGCCUUCAUGGUGGGCUGCAUGUUUGUGAAGAUCUCGCAGCCCAACAAGCGAGCUGAGACGCUGGUGUUCUCCAAACACGCUGUCAUCUCGCUGCGGGACGACAAGUUGUGCCUGAUGUUCCGGGUGGGUGACCUGCGCAGCUCGCACAUUGUGGGGGCCAACAUGAGGGCCAAGCUCAUCAAGUCCAAGCAGACGCAGGAGGGCGAGUUCAUCCCCCUGGACCAGACCGACAUCAGCGUGGGCUUUGAGACAGGCGACGACCGUCUCUUCCUGGUGUCGCCGCUGGUGAUCUCGCAUGAGAUUGACGUCUGCUCGCCGUUUUGGGACAUGUCGCAGGCGCAGUUGGAGAAGGAGGACUUUGAGAUCGUGGUCAUCUUGGAGGGCAUGGUGGAGGCUACGGGCAUGACAUGCCAGGCCAGGAGUUCCUACCUGGCCGAGGAGGUGAUGUGGGGGCACCGCUUCAGCCCAAUGAUGUCGCUGGCUGAGGGCUUCUUCGACAUCGACUAUGGCGCUUUCCAUCACACCUUUGAGGUGGACACUCCCUCCUGCUCGGCACGAGAGCUCUCACUGGUCGCCGCAAGGCUGGACGCCCACCUUUACUGGUCCAUCUCCAGUCGGCUGGACGAGGAGCCCGCCCUGCCCCAGCAGGGGUCCAGAGCGACGGAGAGCGGCCCAGCCAACGGCAAAGGCGGCACCCCCACCUUCAUCGUUGGUGAGAUGACCGACGUCGGCGUGGCGCCGUCGGGCUUGGGCGAGCUGAACGGCAGCGUGGCCACCGACCAGUUGGCGUGCAAGGCCUAGCGGACAAAGACACGUUUCACCCACGUGGACUUUCUACUUUGAUUCGUUGUGUUAUUUCCAACUACUCCUGCCUCUUUCGUGUUUUGAUUGCGGCCGAAUGUUAAACAGAUAUGGAUUCACAUUGUUCAUAUUUCAUUCGUAGAUAUUUGAAACACCAUAAACCUUGAAAUUCUCCACAAAGGCACCAUGGACAGCACAGACUAAUGUGGGAAAUGUUUACUUCUGUAAAUACACAGCAAUGAGUGUGAUGUCAUGUUUUACGCAUGUGUGUCACUUCCUUUAGGCGUUGCAUUAUUUACGAGUCGUUUUUUUUUCUGGUAAUGUGAACAACCACUUAAAAGUUUGCAUUUUCACCCAAAAAAAUGAUAAUUGGUCAUAAUGCCCUGCAGUGGGAACGUAGCCUCGACAUAUAUGCAUUAAAUGGACUAGGAUGGGCUUUUUCUGGCCUCCUGUCCACAGGGGGCGCUGUUGGUUUGUGGCAUUCCUAACACAAUAGAGCAGGGGUGUCCAAAGUGCGGCCCGGGGACCAUUUGAAACACCCAGCACAGUCGACUAAUAAAUUUAACAGCAAAACUAACAAUAAAAACAAAAAAAAUGUAAAUGUUAUAAUGUUGGGGGAAUAAAGUCAGGAUUACGGGAAUAAAACAUUUCCAUGAAGAACAUUAAAAAAACAGCAGAAAUGGAUAAAAACUGUUGUGAUUUUACAAGAAUGAACUCCUAAUAUUAAGAAAAAAAAGUAACAAUUUUAUGGUAAUAAACGAAAAAUAUAAACAAGGAAAAAUGUUAUUUUAGUAGCUUUGGGUUUAAAUAUUUUUUUUAAAUGUCGGAAUUCUGAGAAACAAAACAAAAUAAAGUUGUAAUUUUAAUGAAAUUGGGUUCCGCAAUGGAAAUAAAGUCGUAAUAAAUAUAAUAAAUAAUAAUAAAUUAAAUUAAAUUAAUAAAUAAUAAUAAUAAAAUAUUUAUGAAGAUUAUUUGGAAAAAAAAGUUUGAAAAAAAAAGAGCCAUGACCAAAGUUCAUACUACUAAUACGCUUUUUCAACUAUAUAACAAAGCUGAGAUGCAGUUGUUUCUUCAAAUAUUUAUCAUUUCUAUCCAUUUCUACAUGUGGUGUCCCUUGCAUCCUAUCAUUUUUCACUAUCUGCCCUCGCUGGAAAAAGUUAGGACACCCCUGCAAUCCAGGCAGGUGAACACACGGGUAUCUGUGUUAUUGUAUAUAGAGUAUAUAUACAGUACAUAUACAGUAUACAUAGUGCAGGGAUGAUGUUUGUUUUAGUGUAGUUAUUACAGAAAGUAAAAGCACAACAAAGCCGACUGCCGUGUAUAAAUGUGGUUGUUUUUACUUUGUACUUUUACUAACAAUCAUCUGACAUGUCAAAUAGUAUAAUAAAGUAUAUUCCAGAA